CCAGUGAGGUGGCUCUAUCAUCAAAGGCUUCAGGCUCAUUGGGUUGAAUGGUCCUCAGUACAAGAAAACAUUGAAGAACUUCAGUUGGGUAAGGAGAAAGAGGCAUGCUGAGAGAACAGUGUAACUCCCCAAGGAGCAGCUGUAUGCUGAUGUGUACCAAUGAAGCCACAUAUACCUGCAACCACAUCUAGGCAUCCAUCACCAUCACAACAACGUAGACCAUCUACUUAUACAUCUGGACCACGUUACUUGGGAACUUUAGAACCAACAACCAACCAAACCCAAAUCAACCCUUAUGGAUUACGCAAAGAUUACCCCUUUCAUCUGGAGAACGCACCUUGGAUGCCUGCUCCUUCUCCUUUGCCUGACUGUCCUCCCGGAUUGGAAUAUUUAAGACAGAUUGAUCGACUGUUGAUUCAUCAAAGGAUUGAGAUUCUGGAAAUUAUAACUAGCUUUGAAACAUGUAACCGGUACGAAAUAAAAAAUGACAUUGGUCAACGAGUGUACUAUGCAUUGGAGGAGAACAACUUCUGUACCCUGUUUUGGUUGGGAGCAGCACGGCCGUUCACCAUCAAAAUCUUCAACAACUUGGGCCAAGAAAUCAUCCAGUUGACACGGCCGCUUAGGUGCUCCAAGUGUUGUUAUCCUUGCUGUUUGCAAAAGCUCGAAGUCCAGGCCCCACCUGGCACUCCCAUUGGGUAUGUUAUACAAAACUGGGACCUCUGUCUGCCUAAAUUCACUCUCCAAAAUGAAGCCCAACAGGAUAUACUUAAAAUAGUUGGGCCUUGCAUUGUAUUCAGCUGUGGGUCAGAUAUUCCAUUCGAUCUGAUGUCACUGGAUGAGGAAUCAAAUGUUGGCAGAAUCUCUAAGCUGUGGGGUGGCUUCGUGAAGGAAAUGUUUACAGAUGCUGAUGACAUUGGGGUCCAGUUUCCCAUGGACCUUGACAUUAAAAUGAAAGCCGUCAUACUUGGAGCCGUCUUCCUUAUAGAUUUCAUGUAUUUUGAACACAGUCACCGCCCAUAUCGGCGAAUCGGAGUUUGGUGACACACAGACUUUUGUGAAGAAAAUCCUUUACUACUUCUGGUUUGCUUGGUCAUAUGGGAUGGCCAAGUCUACUUAUUUUUUCGAAGAAGACUAUAUGUAGGUGGUGCUGUGGUGAACAUAUGGUACUCCAGGCAAGAAAUGAUGGCCCUUAGUUUGUGCAUUGGAUGUAAAAGACCUCACAUAAAAUACCCACAAAAAUGAAAUUUAAAAAUCAUAUAUAAUAUCACACAACUAGGACUUAGAUUUUAAAAUUUAAUAUAUUUUUUCUACUGUAAAUUUAAAAUAUUGUAAGUAAAAACACAUAAACUGAUAUGUAGAUGGAUGGUUAGAGUUGGAUGGUUAGAUGGUCUCUAAAACUACAUAUUUUUGUAUCAUGGUUGCUUAUAUGCCUUUUGUGUUGGAACAGUUUUAUUUAAUACUGGAUACCCUGCAGCUAACAAUACAAAAUAAAUAAUUAUUUUAUAGGGAAAAAGAUA